AUGUCUCACGAAAAUAUCACAGCAUUCAGUGGCAACAAUGAAUCCGAUCUUGAUUCUGCUUGUUACGAUCUCAACAACACAUCCUCGGUAAUUUGGCAAGUCGUCGGCUUUGCUUUUAUCUUCUUAACAUCUCUCAUGGGCAACACAAUGGUGGCUAUUGUGGUGUACAGAGACCGAAGGAUGAAAACAACCGUGAACUUUCUGAUUGUGAACAUGGCUGUUUCGGAUCUCUUAAAUACUAUCCUCGUUGUUCCGAAAAGUAUCACACGCAUAUUUACCUAUUCAGAGGCAUGGUUUAUUACUGGAGAGAUGGGUGACGCCUCAUGCAGAAUAGUUCACUUUUUACAAGACGUUACAGUUGCCGUGUCUCUACUAAGCCUCCUGAUGAUUGCAAUUGAGCGUUUUUAUGCCGUUUCUUGUCCAGUCGUGGCAAACCCCGCUCCAGAUAAGCGGUGUGCAUUAAUGAUACUUUCUACUUGGCUGGUGGCGUUUCUUAUGUACAUCACAGAUUUGCUCUCGUUUAAGUUGAUCGUCGAGGAGGAAGAAUCAAUUUGCUCCCAUAGUUGGGAAGAUCUGGUGACAAAUCCAGCCAAAGCCACAACAAUUGAGUUCCUUUUGAAUACAAAUCUGGCCUUGAUAAUUCCAUGCAUCAUUGUAACCACCUUAUAUUCAUUAAUCCUAAGGAAAAUUAGACGCAUUUCUGUUCCAGAUGAUGUAAGUUCCUUAGGAUUAAAACGUCAACGGAAGCGUAACCGAAAUGUAAUUCGUAUCUUGCUUGCAGUGGUUAUAUCGUUCGGCGUUUGUUGGUUUCCCUUCAUAAUUUACACAUAUACAUUUAUUUUCGGUUAUUUCAACAAGGACCAACACAACAUUCCUUGUGGUUUGGAAAUCUAUGGGAAAAUAGCAUUGAUUAUGGCGUAUCUGCAGUCAUCUGUGAACCCCGUCAUUUACUUUGUGUUCAGUGAAAAUUAUAGACAAGGACUUAAAAGGUUCAUCCGCCACUGCUUACCUCUCUCCACUAAGAAACCAUCGAAUUUGAACAAAAAAGCCACAAAGCCGUUUAAAGGGACUAAACGCGGGUUUUGGCCUGGGAACGGAGUGGUUCAAUGUCCAGAUGUCGAACUACGCAAUUUCGACAAGUUGUGAUUUAUUGUAAGAGUUGUGGAGCAGCAUUUUUUUUAACAAAUUUUCUUCAGCAUAGCCUUGUUUGUUCAUCAGCAGUCUCCCACAGUUCAAGGGUAAUGUAAGAGAGAGAUAAAAUGAGUUUAAUUUCAUGUGAGAAUAAAAUCUUGGAAACUGCAAUUAAAAAAAAUUAAUCAGAACAUAACCUUUCUAAAAUUGUACUCGUGAGGACGUGCAAGAUUUUCAGAGGUAAAUACUGAUUCUGAAAAGCAAGAAAUAUGAUAUUUAGUCAACAGAAUUUGAAUAUCAAGUUGUUUUGUUCUGCUAAACACCUUUCCACCUCCUUGUUUGCCAUUACCUAUGACAAACCAUCUGUUAGUUCGCAUUGGCUAGCCAAAACACUUAACCAAAACAAUUCAAUGACGUUUGUUUAUUAAAAACACUUAUUUAAUUUUUUCCCUGAUCCUUUUUCUAGUUUCAGCUGUGCAACUUGCAUUCAAUAUUUGUACAAAUUUCAUAAGAAGUUUGGCUCUAAGAGUGAAGGGAACUUUCAAGAUGACUCGAGUUUGAUAACUUUCAGACAAGUUCAAAGUUGUGUCGGGAAUGACAGAACUGCUUUUUCAACAAAAGCAAUCAGAAGUUGUUUAGGCAAAAGGUUAUAUAAAUUUGAAUUAUUUGAAAGCGUCUACGCUUUGUCUUUAUUAUUCAUCUCUCAUUGUAAAAUGACUUGCUUCUUGGAAGAAAGCUAGUGAGCUCGUCUCGGCAAAAUUUUAAGGAAUACCCUUAAGAGUUAAUUUGACAUUUUGAAAGAUGAGAGGUUUAAAAUUGGCGGUUUGCAUAUAAUUCUUGGUGUAUUGCGCGCAGUGAAACGACUGCUCGCGUGCGAUUCGAAUAUCUCCCGAAUCAUCCUUUGACGACUCCGCCACUUUUUGAAUAUGUCUAAGUCUUCUGCAUUUCAAACCCAGCAGUAUGAUAGUAGAAAGUUUUAACCAUUUGAAAUUAAUUAGUAUAACAUACGAGGAUAUCACUUAUAAAUUUUCCAGGAUUUAGAUCAAUGUGUAAAAAUAUUUUUAAACCUUACUCUGAUGAGAUCCUGUCGAUGAUUAAUUUUCUCUACCCAUUAGCCCAUUUAGAUGUAAAUUAUUCGGAAAGGCUAAACAGUUUUCAAGCUAUAGGUAAUCAUUCACUUUUUGUCAAAAGAGGAUCACCUGGCUACGGAAAAACUAAUAACAAAAGGAAGCAGAUCCUCCAAAUUGCCAGUGUUAUAUUUUCUCAUGGAUACCCUAGCAACAGGGGUCUCUGUGUGUUUGCUUCCAGAUCAUCUGCGAAUGCUAUAAUUUACCAAUGGAAAUUUACCAAGAAUUUCGGAAGAGGGAUAUUUACAAUGAUUCAAAUGAAGCCCUUCCGAUAACAGCAGCUGUCUGACAGAACUUAGAUUAAAAGUUUGCUUAAGCAGUGUACACUUCUUUUUGAUUGGCUAAGUUUAAAAUAAAUUAGGCCUUCUGUCCCGUACUUUGUCUCACCAUAUAUGUUAACAGUACAAGUGAAUUAACAAAGGUUGGAUGUUAUUUUAUUUCAUUUAACGCCUGUAUUCCCGGUAACAAAUUGCUACGCCACGUGCCUUUUUAACAUGAAUACGGACACACAUAUGAAGAAUGAGAACGGGACCAAUACCUCUCUCCCUUGUAACUUCAUGGAUAAAACAAUUGCAGACAUUUGUAGGACCAUCGUCUGCGCUCUUAUCCUGACAACAUCGAUGAUUGGUAACACAAUGGUGGCCAUUGUCGUUUACCGAGACCGAAAAAUGAGAACUACAAUAAAUUUUCUGAUAGUUAACAUGGCUGUUUCUGAUUUCCUGUGCUCAGUUGUCGUUAUUCCAAGGGUCUUGACUGAGAUUCACACCUACCAUGGAUCUUGGUUGAUUGGGGGAACUACAGGUCUAGUGUUAUGCAAGGUGGUGCACUUUUUACAAGAUGUCACCGUGGCUGUGUCAUUGUUGACGCUGCUCAUGAUCGCUAUUGAACGUUACAACGCCAUCUCUUGUCCAUUCCUUCUUGAUACCAUUCCAAAGAAACGGUGUGCGGUGAUGAUACUGUCUACUUGGGUUCUAGCUUUUUUGAUGUAUAUAACGAAUUUUUUCACAUUUGAAUUUUCCAUUGUGGAAGAAGGUCCAUCAUGUCAUCAUAGCUGGGACCGGUUGGUAUCAGAUCCGAAAAAGGCGACAGAAAUAGAAUCCCUUGUCCACACGAUUAUGGCUUUGAUGAUUCCUUCCGUCGUCGUGAUCGCCUUUUACACCGUAAUUCUUAUUAGAAUCAAGCGAACGCCGGUUCCUGGUGAUCAAACUGCGAUUGGACGAAGGCGAAAACGAAGGCGCGACAGAAACAUCCUUAACAUAUUGCUAGCAAUCGUCCUUGCAUUCAGCUUCUGCUGGUUUCCAUUCAUAGUUUACACGUAUUUGGUAACUUACAUUUGGAUAAAGAAGGACUUAGACAUAGAUAUUCCUUGUUACAUGGAAACCUUUGGAGAAUGGGCGCUCUAUUUGACAUUUCUAAAUUCGUCGGUAAAUCCUGUCAUUUACUUUACCUUCUGUGAAAACUAUCCAAAUGGACUCUACAAACUUUUUUGGCCAUGUUUGUCACCUUGUAAUGUCAAACAACCUCAUGAAAAAGGUAGUUACAAAUAUGCUCCAUCAAGGGUUCAAGCUGGUGGAUACCGGAGCAAUAGAAGUGUGCCUCGGGAUGAGAAAGAGUACAUUCAUUUGCAAGUUCAAAAUCCUUGAUAUUUCAAAACAUUUAUCAUCGCUAUGGCAAAAUCUCGAAGAUGAGCGCCAUAUAACAGAGACAUUUCAUAUUCUCCUGGAAAGAGCUCUUAUAGAAGGUUGCGAAAAAAAUUCAAGAAACCAGAAAAAUGAUUAAUUUGAAUUCAUAUCUCUUUAUGAAUUUAAACUUUAGAAAAAAUAUAUCCGUACAAAUAUUGAUUCACAGGUAACAUGACACUGCGAAAUUAUGAAACAUAUUAAGAAGACAAACGUGUUACUGGGAAUCACUAUCUAUUUCGUUAGCUCCUUUUUUUUACCUACAAAUUUUAGCUAUAAAAUACAGCUUCUAAAACUCAUUAAUCUUGGGAUGAAAUAUAAUCCUGCAAGAUAAUUAAGGUGAAGUUGACAUUUAGUUACCACAAAAGUUAUUAAAUGUUAAGUGCGACCAGAUGAAGCAAAUAUCUUGCAGCCAUUAGCCGUUCAGUUGAUUUUAUGAUCUCACUUUUCAGAGUUUCCCGCAAGGUUUUCACGUGCGAAGCGAAAUUAGAGAAACGAGUGGCAAAAUGAUAUUUAGGCGAAAGGAGUAAUUGAUAGAAUGAUUUCUAGCAAAUUAAAUAUGACAGGUGUUUAUGAAUCCGAGGUGAGACCGAAUCCAUUAAAACUAAAAAUUGACUUAAAGUAAAAGUAAAAUCAUAAAAUUUUCACUUUACAGACUUUGCAAUUUUUUCUAGUAUCUCACAUGUAUACUUUUAUGGGGGCUCACGCAUAAGUAUAUUUCAAUUGAAACUGUCUGUAGUUUGAAAAGAUUAGUCUUCAGAGCUACGAUACAGUAUUUGACAUUUCGUAAGGAUUGAACAACGAGGCACUCAAGUUUCAUCUCCAGAUCACAAGUAUAGAUCAGGUGGGUUUAACUACCUUGAAAGUGCAUUUGGAUGUUAACACUCUUUAUCAUAUAAUUUUACAGUAAUUUUUUUCUGGUGUCUUACACUUUGCCUAUCAAAGCGCCAUUUAUCUUUUCCAUUUCUUAGCAAUCUAGCUAUUUUAUCAUUACGAUCCGUGUUUUCGUUGUGCAAAUCGAUUUUCCUAAAAGUAUUAUGAGCCACCUUCGAUUAUGUUUUAAAGAAAUGCUUGAUUUUACUUGAAAGAAAAUCUCAGAUGAAUUACGGCGGCAAGUCAUACAAGACCGCAAGAAAAUUUUCCUAUAUAUAUUACAAUCUACAUGUCUUUAUUGUCACUGGGCAAACAGGACGUUUACCCUUAUUUUUGGAACAAUUUGGGCUGAUGCAAAAUUAUAAUACUUAAUAUGGAAAAAAGUGACAAAUGAUUGCAUUAUUAAGGUGUAGGAGGCUUUACUGAAAAAAACUUUACGCUCGCUUGAAACGUCGAACUAUAUUUGUUCCGACCCAAGUAACUAAGUUCGCCGACAGUUGAUUCGGACGUCGAACUUAAUUAAGUCCAACCUAGAUACUGAGGUGUAAAAUAAACCAUUACAGUCACGGAUUACUGUUGAACUAAUUGAGUCGAACCGAAGGAUUUAACAUGGCGGAGAUGCCUCAAGAAAGUACGGGAAACAACUCGUCAGAAUUUCCUCUCGUCAGUGCCAUCCAUAAAUGAAGAUAACGCCUGACGGAAUACACAUAAUUAUUAUAAAAGCGAAAUUCAGUUUGGCAUUCAUCGUCAGACAUCAUGUCGAGUUCAAAAACUUCGUAAUUUCAGUAAGGAAAGUCAGGGCUUUUCGGUGCAGUGUUGAUAUUGUACAGCAAAACAAAUUCUUCAUCGUUUAUGACACUUGAAUCGUACGCAUAAAGAAGGGAAAAACCCAUCUCUCUAUAAACUUUGGCAUAAUUUCUUAUUACAAAAGAAAAAAGGCUAAGAAACUUUCCACGUACUGUGCUUGCUUGUGUGGCUGCGAUGUUUGGUGAGCUGAUCUCAAACUGGCGCAUCGUGAAAUUUUCCCGCCAAUAGGAUUCGCCGCGUCGUCGUGACCGGAAUCGUAAACUAUUUUACAUGCGAGCCGCCAGGCCCGACGCGACCACCAAGACAGAUCGCGGCGUCUUCUAGAAUCACAGCAUCGUAAACUCACUGUUAUGUGCCUUCGGCCGCGGCGUCGCGAACUUUUUCGGAUCGUAAACUCACUUAUCAUGCCGGGCUGGCGUGUGCUGUGAAGCGGAACUUUGCCGCCCGCUGUUGUUUGAAAUUGAACAACGGAAAUACAAAUAAAAGUACAAAACAGUUUUCAAAAUGACGGCUGAAAAUACUAUAUUGAACGCCACUGAGGCCCUGCGUCCACUACGUAAUGAAGUCGGUAAUUUCUUCUUGUUUGAAGGAGAAGUGAAAACAGCUCUCGCUUCAAUUUUUUGAAAAAUACUGUGUGGGUCAAAGCUCUUUGAAACGAGCUAAGAUAUCACGAAUUCCAGUGUCAGCACUCCUCGAAGGAGAAAUAAAGAUGUGGCUAAACAUGCUCCAUAGAGGCCUAAGUCUAAGAAUGAAGGCCCGAAGCGCUUGGGCCUCAGAGUUCAAACGGGCGAUAUUCACGGAAAUUUUUUCCUUAAUUUUAUAAAAAUGUAAAAAAGGCUCGUUCCGCUUAUGGUGUUUCGCACAAAAAAGAAAAACACACAGAUGUAAUCUACUAUCACCGAGAGAAAAGACUUAUUCGAGAUUUUGCCUAGUUAUCCGAGCUCUGCAGCGACUCAGUCCGAGAAUUCCUAAUGAAGAAGAGUAAAGGAAUAUGUAAAGGAACUUCAAAAGUUUCCCUAAGUUCUGAAACGCCUUUCACCAUCACAUUUAUCAAGAGGACACAGCAAGAAGUGGUGAAAGCUCAUUACACAUCAUUGGCUACACCUUCCCAUAAGCAUAUAAGUAAUGAGAACUCGACUGAAUGGAGUAUAUUUCAGGCUGUUUGUAAUUAUAAGUAGUCGUAACAUUAUGCACUCGGCCGAUUUAAGUUACUUGCCUUGCCUUAAUUGUACUCCACUCUGCGUAGUUACCAGUGAAUCCUAUUAAAAUACCAUAGACGUGCUACAUCAAUAUUUGAAAUGGAAUGCCGUUUAGUUGGAAUGCCGUUUAGUUUGAGUUCCAAUCAGUUUGAUUCGUUUGGUUGGGGCAAAUUUUAAACAAAACCAUACAACAGAAGGGUGAUCAGUGUAAUUUAUUCAACACUAUCUUAAAGGUCCUACCUGCUGCUAAUACAAUAUAUAAUAAUAUAAUCCCAAGUCAACAGUGGUUUUGAAACAGAUUGUAUACAGAUUUAGCUUUAAAUUACAAAAGCUGUGGAGCAGUAUUUCCAUCCUUAACACUAUGCUCAAUAAAUUUUAUGAUUGGGUCUCCACAGAAACAGCACUUAACAUCCCCAGGACAUGCCUUUAACAGACCACAAUAGCAAUAAGAGGAUCACUGAAUACCCUUUCUGGGAUGUAGGCUACAUUUUUGCAUGCAGCUUCUGGCUGCUGAAAACCUUGCUAAGGCAGCCAAAUCAACAUUACAUAUAAAUUUUUUCAAGUGCUACUCUUUUUUUAAAUGCUUCAACCUUGUUGAUAACAUUUACUCUUUACUGGUAAAUCCAGGGCUUUCUCUUGUUUGACCUGUCAAUUCCAAAUGUACCUUUCACAUGCCUAAAAUCAGCUAAUGAAACAUUUGCAAAGGGUGAGAAAUACUCAGCACUAAUAGUCAAUUCACCUGCCAACAUGGCAAUUCAUACUCAGCUCUUUCAAACUCUGCAAUUUGCAGUAAUAAUAACCUCACAUAUUUCUUUGUAACAGGAGAACUUUUAUCACAGUUGGCACCAAAAAUUAGAAAGUUAUCAUACCUUGAUGCCACCCUUCUUCCAACAUUAAGGAAACUGACCAAGAAAGAACAUGCACUCUCAUUCUUGCCAAAUAGGCAUCCGUCACCUCCAAGAGCAAUUUGAAAAGUGCCUGUUGAUUCUGUACAGCCUUUCAAGCUUUCUUUAGUAUUCUUGGAGAGAUAAAAUUUGGCAAGCAUUGCAAGGUAUUGUCUUAAGUCUCUAUAUGCACCAUUCACUUGGUUUUCAGUUUUAAGCCCUCUAGAUAGUCUGGGUCAAUUUCAUGAACAGUUCCAAUAUCAAUCUUUGUUAACUGUUCCACAUGGUUACUAUAAGUAAGAAGCUUUGGUACCUCACAACCUUUACAAAUUGAAAUGCUUGUUUUUUGCCCUGGUUUACUUUCAUUGAAAGCACUAGUCUAACACUUUUGUACUUCCGUUUACCCAUUACACCACUUGCAUAAUAUGUUGCAAUACUUUGUACAAUGUUGUCAUCUGACUUUUCAAAUUUUAAAACAUUUUUCCUAUACUCUUUAGAAACUACACUAUUAGUCAACUGCUUGUUCCCUGUCACAUAAUUUGUGAGAGUAUCCAAUUUGCAUCUUUUCUGUAAAGUGUCAAACAAUCCCUCAAAAGUGGCUGAAGAAUGUUCAUUUGUGCUUUCAUGCAUUCUGGCAGCAGCUUCAAUAGUCUCAUGCCUCCUUUUCCUUGCAAUUCUUGGUCCCAGUGAUGAUUCUCCAUCAACAAGUGCAGUAGGGCUUCUUGUUCGUGCCUGAGAUACCUGUCCCUGUGUCUAUAAAUACCACUAAAUUAGACACUGAGCAGUAACACAUUUAUUAAAAUAAGAAAUGGUUGGACGAGACCGAAAUUGUAAACAAAACAGAUCUGAACACAACAAUUGUAUCUUGCCAUAUCUUACAUUUGAUAUUUUGAUGUUUAUAGUUUAGAGACACUGUCAUUUAUGACUGUCUUCUGACUGACCAAAUGAACACAGGCACACGCUCAGGUUUCUUGCCCAGGUACUGGCAUAGAAGCCUGGCACUGGCUGUCAUUCUGGUACUGGCUCUGUGUUAAGUGGCCAGUCCACCAAAAUGUAACUUGUAAAAAUAUUUUUCUUCUCACAAAAUUGAAUAUUUUUCCAUUAAUGUUUUUAUCAAAAAUUGGCAUAAAAUUUCAUCCAUCCACUAACUAAUGAAAACCUACAGUCAGAAUCUGUGCACAGCAGUUUUUUGCUGCACACUUACCAGUACUGGUAAAACAACCACAAUGAGGAAUCAAGAGUAUACUCACAGGAAUAUUUUCUAAUUUAUUUGUUAUGUCCUUGCAUCCUUCCCCUACUGUGGCCAACUGAAAGCAUUAAUUAAACAUGUGUAUUCUUAUGCACUGAUUGGUUAAUUUUUAAAGUUCGUUUAAAGUUCAGACAGAUAAAAAAGCUGGUGGUGGGGGGGUAUUAACGAAUGUUUGUGUAAGGAGGAACAGCAGGGAUGCACAAACCAUUACCCAGUUUAUAAUUAAAAUUAUCAUUAUUGUUACUAUUAUUAUUACUAUUAUUAUUAUUAUUAUUAUUUUGAAUUUCCUACCUUGUCAAAAUUGAAAUACAAGCCUCCCUGUGCUCGCACUUCCACCACUUGCCCAAAAUACUUUGAUGCAAAAAUUCUCUAAUAUUCGAAAUAUAAAACAUUCUCAAAGCAGCAAUACUAAUUUAGGUAAAAUUUCCGCACAGCCCCAUACUAUUGUCAAACAAAUCUGUUUUCCCUAUGGCAAUGUAUUGUUUUUGUCAUUGUUUUCUCUGUCCAAGAACUGAAUGCAUAAUGUAGUAUGGGGCUGUGCGGAAAUUUUACCCUAAUUUACGUUAAAAAUGACAAAUUAAAUAUGUUAUCUCGCCUUUUCCUGGGCUCGUUGGACUUUUUUGUACUAUGCCAAUAGCUUGCGAUUUUCAUUAACAGCUUUCUAUCUUGCAACCUUCCAAUCUUUCAUGUAUUGAGCCAAGUUAAAGCGCGUGUUCUUUUUGGGCGGCAUCCCAAAUAAUAACUCAUUAAAAACUAAGAAAAGAAUGCAAAAUUAGUAAAACCAAAAAUCAUAGAGUUCUAUUCAAGGCUUUGAAGUUUAUCUUCGUAACAAAAUUUCUCGGAUAAGAAGAAAUAUUUAAAAGACUAUCCGGGUCAAAAAUACGAUAUGAACGGUAAACAAACCUUACCUUCCCUUUUACUAUUUCCUCUGCUGUCUCUUUUCAAACGAACAUCGAAGAAAUUAUUGUAUGUUUUGGCAUCAAAACGACGGGAAAAACUGUUUACUUUCAGCAAAUUUGAGUUUUGUCGCCUUCGGGCUAACCCAAGGACC